UCGCUUAACGUUGAUUAGAUCUUGUAUUUGAUAGCAACGCACAAGUAAACAAACAAGGCCAAGUUCAAGUGAGCCUAUGAAUUUAACAAUAAUUAAAAGGACAAUUUUUUUUAUUCUUCCUCAUUUUCUAUGAUCUAGUUUGAAAAUCAAUGAAAAUCAAUAUAGAGUAAUAAUUAAUUAGAUAAAUAUUAUAAUUUAAAAAAAAAAUCUAGUUUAUCAAGUGCAAAGAAAAGAAUUUGUAUGAUAUGGUGUUAAUUCAGAAGCAAAAGAUAAAAUUUUAUCAUCCAUACUUGCAUCAAUUAGCGUAUAAAUCUCAAGAUUGGUUGCUCCAAUUGAUUAGUUCAACCGACUUGCCGCCGAGUUUGCGAGCGAGCGAUCUAAUAGGGUUCAGUAGCAUUUACAGCCAGAGUUAUUCUGAUCUCGAAAUGGGAGUCAACGAAGAAUUUGACUCUAUACUUCUUGAGAUCGGAGCAUGCGGACUCUACCAGAUCAGACAAUACGUGCUCAUCGGUUUUGCGAUAGCGUUUAGUGCUGCGAGUGCAAUCGGAUUUGUUUUUACCGCAGCCAUAGUUCCUCACAGAUGCCUCGUCCAAGCAUGUGGAGAUGUGAGCGAAGCGUCAGCAUUUUUGCCGCCUUGGCUGAGCGACGCGGUCCCAUUCAAUUCAAACGGAAAUCCCGAGUCGUGUUUAAUAUACAAAAAUUUGACAGCAGAUACAUGUAGUUUUGAUUCUAAUAUUGAAGAAAGGUGCUCCUCGUGGGUAUUUGAUGGGCCUGAGAGAACCAUUCAAACUGAAUUCUCUUUGAUGUGCCAUGAAAACGAGUGGAAACUUGCUUUAGUGGGAACUUUGAACAGUCUGGGUGUUUUGAUUGGCCUUCCAAUUUCUGGAUUCAUUUCAGACAGAUAUGGACGUAAAACGGCACUGGUUAUUGCACUCACAUCAGCCAGUAUUUUCGGAUUGUUAAAAACACUUGCCACAAGUUACAUAAUGUUUAUUGUACUGGAAACGAUUGAGCCAAUCUUCGGCGGAAACAUUUAUGGAAUAAGCUUUAUCUUGGCUCUUGAAAUGGUAACGCCAAAAAGGAGAGUUUUGGGGAACAUGGUGAUUGUUUUUUCCUAUGCGCUUGGCAAUGCCUUAAUUGGAGCGAUUGCAUGGGGUCUCAGAGAGUGGCGUCUAAUUUUGUGGGUCACAAAUGGUCCGGCGCUGCUUUUCGUUGCUUAUAUUUGGCUGGUGCCAGAAUCGGUGCGAUGGCUCAUGUCAAGGGGCAGACUGGGUGACGCCAAGAAAGUGGUCCAGUUUGCGGCCAAGCUAAACAGAACAGAACUGAGCGAGGACCGGAUGAAAGAUUGGGAAAAUGGGCAGAUCGAUCGUGUGGAUAUUGAUGACAAGGACAAAGGCGAUUCUUUAUGGUCUUCCCUUCGGCAAGUCACUAAAAGCGGGACACUUCUCAUCAGACUUGCACUGUGCUCUUUUUGCUGGGCGUCAGUAACUUUGGUCUAUUACGGACUGUCUUUAAAUUCCGUAUCGCUGGCCGGGACGGACAACCAGUACCUGAACUUUAUUCUUACUAGCUUAAUCGAAGCACCGUCGUAUGUCAUCACUUGGCAGUGCAUGAAUCGGCUAGGUCGUCGCAAAACCUUGUGCAUCAUGUUCGUCGCUAGCGGCAUUGCCUGUUUUGUCAACCCAUUUGUACCUGACAGUGCGGGAGCGGCACGGCUGCCAUUGUAUCUGUUUGGCAAAUUUGCAAUUACUGGCGCCUUUGACACGGUCUACGUGUUCACCGCUGAGAUUUUCCCAACAAAACUCCGUAAUUCGCUGCUCGGCGCGUGCUCUAUGGUGGGCCGCAUCGGCUCCAUGCUGGCACCGCAAACACCACUCUUGUCGCAAUUCUCCAAGUUUUUACCGCUCGCACUCUUUGGCGUUGUGGCACUGAUAGCAGGGAUUCUGGGCCUUUUCCUACCAGAAACCAAAGGCCUUGCAUUGCCUGUUUCCGUCAAAGAGGCUGAAGAACUUUCGAGACGGAAAAAGAAUAAGAAAAAUGAAGACACAGACGCAACCACUGCCAUGAAUGACUGGCGUCGCAGAGAUUCUUCAGUUUACUUUAGCAUGGGCGUCAAUGAGGAUUUCGACCUGAUGCUCCAAGAGAUAGGAGCAUGCGGCUUUUACCAAAUUCGUCAAUACGUGCUCAUUGGUUUUGCCAUUGCCUUUAGUGCAGUGAGUUUGGUUGGAUUUGUGUUCACUGCCGGCGUUGUGCCUCAUAGAUGCUUAAUACCACAGUGUGGAGAUGAUGGAGAGACGUCGCUGUUUUCACCUCCGUGGCUGCAGGAGGCAGUUCCAUUUAAAUCAAACGGAGAACCCGAGUUUUGUUUGAUGUACAAAAAUUUAAAUUCAUCCAUGAACGCAUGUUUGUUUAAUCAGACCCUACAAGAGAGAUGCUCUUCAUGGGUCUUAGAUGGGCCAGAGCGAACCAUUCAAACAGAAUUUUCUUUGAUGUGCCCAGAAAACGAAUGGAAACUUGCUCUUGUGGGAACGUUACACGGAUUAGGAGCAAUGAUUGGACUGCCGAUAUGUGGCCUUAUCUCAGACAGAUAUGGACGAAAAACUGCACUUGUUGUUGUCCUUGUUUUGUCAAGCCUGCUAGGAUUACUUAAAACAGUGGCCUUUAAUUACGAACUGUUACUUGUUAUCGAAACAUUAGAAUCCAUCUUUGGAGGCAAUAUUUACGCAACUGGUUUUAUUUUAGGGUUGGAAAUGGUCACUCCGAACAAAAGAGUAAUGGGCUACAUGGUAAUUGUGUUAGCAUUUGGCUUAGGAAAUGCCUUUCUCGGACUGAUUGCAUGGGGCGUCAAGGACUGGAAGAUUAUUUUGUGGGUCACAAAUGGACCGGCUCUGCUCUUCAUCACCUACAUUUGGCUGCUGCCCGAAUCAGUGAGAUGGUUAAUGUCAAGGGGUAGGUUAGGGGAUGCAAAAAAGGUAAUCCAAAGCGCUGCCAAACUCAACAGGGCCCAACUAAGCAACGACCGAAUGAAAGAUUGGGAGAAUGGACAAAUUGAUCGAGUGGGCGCCGACGAGGAGGACAAGGGUGACUCGCUAUGGCCAUCAUUACGACAGGUUGCCACAAGUAGGAUUUUGGUAGCAAGGCUUGCAGUUUUUUCAUUUUGCUGGGUUGCCGCAGACUUGGUUUAUGACGGUUUGGCUCUGAACUCAGUCACUUUGGGUGGAACGGACAACAAAUACUUGAAUUUUAUUCUAACAAGUAUGGUCGACGCGCCGUCAUAUCUGAUCACCUGGCAGUGCAUGAAUCGACUAGGUCGUCGCAAAACCUUGUGCAUCAUGUUCUUCGCGAGCGCCAUUGCUUGCUUAGUCAACCCAUUUAUACCCGAUAAUGCUGAGGCGGCACGGCUAUCCUUUUAUCUCUUGGGGAAAUUUGCAAUCACCAGUGCGUAUGAUACAGUUUACGUGUUUACUGCUGAAGUAUUCCCUACAAAGCUCCGUAAUUCACUGCUCGGCACGUGCUCAAUGGUAGGUCGUAUUGGCUCCAUGCUGGCACCGCAAACACCACUCUUGACACAAUUCUCCAAGUUUUUGCCUCUCGCUCUUUUUGGCGUUGUGUCCCUGAUUGCGGGGACUCUGGCACUUUUCCUACCCGAGACGAAAGGCCGUCCGCUGCCUGUGUCAAUGAAAGAGGCCGAAGAGCUCUCAAAGAAGCACAAUAUGGCAAGCAGUGACCAAGAUGAUCGGUCCGAAAAUCUUGCAAUUAUAGGGGCGCAACCCGCCACAAAUGCUGCAGCGGAAACUGUCAGAUGAAAAUUUCAAAAUAAUUUAUAAAUAUUUCAACUUUAUAUUUACGAAUAGCUCCUGCGCUGCUGGCACAGUUCCAUUUUUUUGCAAAAUGUUAACUCAACAAUUUAAAUAGGCCAUUUCGCGCAGAUUCCUCAACAAUUCAUUCUCUCUGCAGUGCUAUUUGGGUCAAACGUCUGAGGGCAUUCCGAAAACAACCCUAUGCAAACUGCGCAAAAUGACAUGCA